AGAGGUGGACGAAUCAACGAACAGAGCAAAAAGGUGCACGACUGUAGUCUUUUGAGUAGACGUUUGACGAGCAUUGGGAAAGAUGCCGAAGGGCGGAAAGAAGGACAAACAAUCUGGAGGGAAAGCAGCGACUGCAAGCAAGGCAGCGCCAAAAGCAGACGCUGAUGGACCAUCAGACGAGGCGUCGCGUGCCACGAAGCAUCAUUCUUCGCCGAAUCCGCCGCCGACGCAGGUGAACAAGAUCAAAUACUCGCUUCCCAAUUUGCGGAAGGACAAGGGCGGCCGUGGCUCGAGCCGUUUUCGAGUCAGCGAGAAGCGCGAACUGCAGAAGCUUCCAGCGCUGAAAGAUGCGGCACCUUCGGAGCGGGAGGGUCUCUUUGUGCAAAAGCUGCAGCAGUGUUUUGUUAUCUUCGAUUUUCUCUCCGACCCACUGAGUGACUUGAAGUGGAAGGAAAUCAAACGGGCAGCCCUCAACGAGCUGGUUGAUUAUGUGACGCACCAGCGUGGUGUAAUCACGGAGCCUGUCUACCCCGAAGCCGUGGCUAUGUUUGCUAAAAACACAUUUCGAACUUUGCCACCUCCAUCUAACCCGCUCGGUGCCGAAUUUGAUCCAGAGGAAGAUGAACCGACUCUAGAAGCUGCCUGGCCCCACCUUCAAUUAGUGUACGAGUUUUUUCUUCGUUUUCUCGAGUCACCCGAUUUUCAACCGAACACGGCCAAGAAGCACAUCGAUGCAAAGUUUGUAUUGCAUCUGUUGGAACUGUUUGAUACGGAGGAUCCUCGGGAGCGGGACUUCUUGAAGACGACACUCCACCGGAUAUAUGGCAAAUUUCUCGGACUGAGAGCGUAUAUACGCAAGCAAAUCAACAACAUUUUCUAUUCAUUUAUUUAUGAGACCGAGAGGCACAACGGUGUGGCUGAAUUAUUAGAAAUUUUGGGGAGCAUUAUCAAUGGCUUUGCUCUACCGCUGAAGGAGGAGCACAAGGCUUUUUUACUGCGCGUUCUCAUUCCCCUGCACAAAGUGAAGUCUCUUAGUUUAUAUCAUCCUCAGUUGGCGUACUGUGUUGUUCAGUUCCUCGAGAAGGACUCGUCUUUGACGGGACCGGUUGUGAAAGGGUUGCUCAAGUUUUGGCCGAAAACGCACAGUCCAAAGGAGGUCAUGUUUUUGAAUGAAUUGGAAGAAAUUUUAGACGUAAUUGAACCAAGUGAGUUUGUAAAAGUGAUGGAUCCCCUUUUCAAACGGCUAGCACGAUGCGUUUCCAGUCCUCACUUCCAGGUUGCAGAAAGGGCUCUGUAUUAUUGGAACAAUGAGUACAUUACAAGUCUAAUCAAUGACAACUCCGACAGAGUGUUACCCAUUAUGUUUGGUGCUCUCUACAAGAACUCGAAAUCACACUGGAACAAAACUAUCCACGGCUUGAUAUAUAAUGCUCUGAAGUUACUCAUGGAGAUGAACCAGAAACUCUUUGAUGAGUGUACCGCAAGAUUCAAGACAGAGAAAGAAACAGAACAUCAAAGGCAGUUGCAGCACCAGCAAGCGUGGCAGAAGAUGCUAGAAAUGGCGUCAAGCAAUCCACACGUGGUCUCUCUCUUCAAUGGAAUUAGAGAAGUAGAAAAGUGUGCACCGGUAGAAGCAGCCGGGUCAGCUGCAGAGGAUGAUGACGAGCUGGUGGAUCCAUUGCAGAUAAACGAAAUGGUACACAAGAAGUCUGAGAAGAAACCGGGUGUCGAUCUAAUUCGGCGAAAGUCAUUCCUUCCUGGCGACUAUAGGACCAAGGAGACGCUGGAUAAAUAUCAACCAGCAACUGACCACUUGUCAUCAGCUGCUGAGAAAUGAUUGGGAGUAUUUAGGGCAAUCUACUUCCGAAUAUAGUCGCUUAUUGGUAACCCUCUACUUGGGCAUUUUUUGGGACUUUGGUUUGUAUAUUCUGGAUAGUCGAUACUUCCCUUGUGUACUCCACUAUUUUGGUUGUAAUGCCCUCAUUAUUCAUAGAGUAGUCACUGUAGCUCUGUAGCCGGAUUUGUGAUGGACGGUUCAAUUGAAUUGGGUGCAUCGUUCUGGCUAUUUGAACUGACUGUACAUACAAAGACUGGGAAGUGUUUUUAUGAGUACAUGGUAAUGCCAUUUCGUCUCUUGAGUAGAUUUGUGAUAAAUGUGUCUAAUUGUCUAUCUGGCUUGUCCUGGUUGUAACGAGUUGCGUUUAAAUGAGCAUACGUGUUGCGCAAAGCGACCUUUUGCAA